UUCUGAAGCGUUUCCCUGCUGUCAGAUGAUUCAUUAUUGGUUUUGUUGUUCGGUUCGCGUGCGUCUGAAAAUAGUGAAGCGACUACAUUUUAAUCUACGGCAUUCGCGUUUUUACGAUUUGGACAGCAACAAAAAUGACGGUCGAUUCCGAUACCGGUGCUAUGGUGGAACCAUCAGCGCAGGAAAAAGUGAGAUGCUAUUUCGACGUUACCCUCGGUGGUUUACCGGCUGGUCGCAUUGUGUUCGAGCUGUUUCCGGCAGUCGCACCGAAAACUUGCGAAAACUUCCGCGCACUAUGUACGGGUGAAGCUGGUAUCGGGCAAAAGACGGGAAAACCUUUGCACUACAAGGGCAUCAUUUUUCAUCGUGUGGUGAAAGAUUUCAUGAUCCAGUCCGGAGACUUCUCGAACGGCAAUGGAACUGGUGGCGAAUCGAUUUACGGAGGCAUUUUCGAUGAUGAACCUUUCACUCUGAAACAUGAUCGAGCAUUCUUGCUCUCUAUGGCCAAUCGUGGCAAAAACACGAACGGCUCCCAAUUCUUCAUUACAACGCAACCUGCACCACAUCUUGACAGUGUACACGUUGUAUUUGGUCAUGUUGUAUCCGGCCAGGAUUUAGUACGACAGCUCGAACAGCUACCGGUCGAUCGUAAUUCUCGUCCACUGCAAGAUGCAAUGGUUUCUAACUGUGGUGAACUGGUGCGGCAGAUAAAAGCAAAAAAGGAAAAGAAGAAUAAGAAAGCUGCCGCAUCCAGUGAGGAGUCUGAAGAUGAAACGAGCAGGAAGCGUAAAAAGGAUAAAAAGAAGAAACGCGGAAAAGAAUCAUCUCCGCGCACAAAACGUGCCCCCGAUGCGGAUGCAUCAAUCGAGGAAGGAGAACUGGAAGAUGAGAUACACCCGAUGGCUACGGUGACCAAAAUCGAUCCGGACGAAAUCCCGGAGGUUUCAAACAAGUACCUAAUGCGCAACGAUGCGGCUAAGCGUGCAACUGUGCAGGAGGACGACCGUAAGCGCGAUAAUCGAGCAAAGGAGCAGAGAGGAUUCGGUUGGAUGAAGAAAAACGUACCCACAUCACGCAGUGGACGCAUUAUCAAGGGUCGUGGACACUUUCGCUAUCGUACGCCAUCGCGAUCACGUAGCCGCUCCAGGAGCCAGACGCCGAUUCAUUGGCGCGCUGCUCAGAAACGCACGAUUAAGAUGACCGAUCUGGAAAAGCUGGAAGAUGAGAAACGGCAGCGUGAAUCGGAGAUCAAGCGUCGGGAAGCGGAACGCAAGAAGCGUCACGAGGAGCUAGCGAAAGGUGUUUCCAAAAAAUCGUUCUUCGAGCUAAAUCAAGAACAGGCGGUUACGCGUGAAAAAUCAACCAGCGAAUCACCGGAUGCUGCGGCAAAUGCCAAGCGUGCUACCGAUCCUGCCAAGACGCAGGAAGAACCGGUGCGGGGCAAAUCGAACGGAUCGAUUGAUAUGAAUGCUUUGGAUUAUGAGCAUCAUCCGGCAGGUACGUCGGACACGGAGCCGGACGAAGCGACGCACAAAAAAAGUGACUCUUUAGCCAAAGCUCUCGGUGUGGAACCGAAAAAGAAAUCCAACGAUGCGGGUAAAGCAGAUGAACGGCGCAAACCGGCCGACGAUCGGAAACGCGAUCGUUCGCGCAGUCGCUCGCGUGAUCGUCGUCGGGGUGGUGGUGACGGCUAUCGAGGUCGUUCACCACCUGGUCAGCAACGUGGUGGAGGAGGUGGAGGAGGAGGGAAUCGUAACAGGCAACCGUUUGGAUUUGGGUCGGGCGCUCAACAUUACAAUCGCUACAACCAACAGCAGCAGCAAGGUUCAAACAGGCGCUAUGGAGGUGGAAAUAAUGUCGGUGGAUCCUACUACUCACGGCCCCGUGGACGUUUCGGUGGCAAUAAUGAACGAUAUGAUCGCGAUCGUUCCCGCCGAUCGCGCAGUCACGAGGGUGGUGGUUUUUCGCGCCGCUCGCGCAGAGAACGUUCCGUAAGCCACUCGCGUUCGCGUACACCCGAACAUAGGCGUCGGCGUAAGGAUAACAGCUCUACCGGCAGCUCCCAGGAACGGAAUGAGCGCUCCAGACGUAACCGAUCCGUUACACCAACCGAUCGUCGCUCGGCGUCUCGCCCUGUCACGAGCGAUAAGACAAAAAGGGAAAGCAUCGCCAAUGGCAAAGAGUUGGACAAGUUCAGGGACAAAAGUCCGGGCUCAGUUGCAACGGCGAUCGUUGUCGCUGCUACUGCGGCCGUAGAAGCGGCAAAGCUACCUGCCGUAUCGAUUAAAACCGAGGACAUGUCCGAAGAGGAAAAGGCGCGCAUGCAGAAGGAAAAGAUGUUGAAGCGAGCCGAAACGCUGCUGCUGCUGAAGAGCCACAUGGAAAAGGAAAUAGAAGAGCAGCAGCGCAAGGCUCGGGAGAAACAGCAACAGCAGCUGUUACUGCGCAAGCAAAAGGAAGAGCAGGAGGCCCGGGCCCUCGAUGCGGUAAUGGAUUUGGCGCAGCUGAAGCAGCUGAAGAAGGAAACCAUCCAAAAGCUGAACGCACAGGAAGCGGCACAGCGGAUACUGGAAACGGUGGUCACUAAUGUUAGUGCCGUUGCCGGGUCUGGCGCCACAAGCCAGAAGAAAAAGUCCAAAAAUAGCAGCAAUAAACGGCGCUCGUCUCGCAGCUCUUCGUCCUCCUCCUCCUCUUCGUCGGCUGCUUCCAAAAAGGAGAAAAGCCGUAAGAAGCGUAAGGAUAAGAAGCGCAAAGCACGCCGCCAUUCAUCCAGCAGCUCUUAGAUGAAAUGCUUCACGGGUCAAACGGCCAGCUUACGAAGCAUUGCCUUUCUUUACAUAGUGCGUGCAAAAGUAUGAUUUUAAAACAAUAGAGUUCUUUUCCUUUGGCGUGAACAACAUACUUGAUCUUCACUAAUACCCAUAAACGGGGUUUUUAUGCUACUCCUGUCGUCACAUAGCAUUGUUAGUAAUGCACGACUUAUACCAAACGCUCGGUUUGGUACCAAAAUUUCAACUGGAACUCUCCGCAUCCGCAAUGGGUUUCUAUACUUAAGUCAUAGCUAAUCUGUUGAGGUUUAGCCUGCAAACCGACAAAGCUUGAUGAGCCAUAUUAUAGUAGUGAAUCCUUGCAUAGUUGACGGGUUUGAAGCAGAGAGCAGAUUUGAUCCCAAAACUCAUGUGGCAUGUCGGUAAGGCUUUUCAGUUCGGAGCAAUGAACUGUGCAAUGCUAUUUCUUUGUAAUUCGCAUUUUCUUCAACUAUAUAAACAUUUUCAAUAAACUUGUCUCAAUUUAAGGUGCAAA